AUGGCCAUGUUAUUCUUCUUUGCAGCAACAAUUGCAUCCAUAAUAAUAACAAUCCUCCUAGUUCUCCAUGUUCUUGAUCGCAAAAGAAGUUGUAAAGACCCUCUUUUCAUAGAUUGGCCACUCUUUGGCAUGUCAUUUCAACUUCUUUACAACUUCCAAAUUCAUGAUUUCUUAGCAAAUGUCUUGAAUCGCAAAGGAGGCACUGCUGAAUUCAUGGGACCUUGGUUCACCAACAUGAACUUCUUGCUCUCUACCGAUCCCAUGAACGCACAUCACGUAUUCAGCAAGAAUUUUGAAAACUAUGUCAAGGGACCCGAGUUUCGCGACGUUUUCGAUGUUUUCGGCGACGCCAUAAUCGUGACGGAUGAUCUUGAGAAAUGGAGAUACAUGAAGUCUUUCUUCCUUUCUCUGAUCAAGCAUAAAGGUUUUGAUAUCUUCUUCGAGAAAACGAUUCAGAACAAGGUGAAGAAUAGUUUGCUUCCCGUGUUGGAUCAUGCAUGGUUUCAAGGAACAGUGUUGGAUCUUCAAGAUGUCUUUUGUAGGUUCACAUUUGAUAACACAAGCUUGAUGGUGUUAGGGUUUGAUCCCAAAUCCCUUUCCCUUGGAUUCCCAACUGUUGAAGCUGAAAAGGCUUUUGAUGAUAUUGAAAAAUGCUUGUUCUACAGACAAAUGGUGCCCAAAAGUGUUUGGAAGUUUCAAGAAUGGCUCCAAAUUGGUAAUGAGAAGAAGAUGGCGAAAGCGUGCAAGGUUUUCGACCAUUUUCUUUGUACUCAAAUAGCUUCUAAACUCGAAGAGCUAAGCAAAACUAAGAAAACUAUGGACGCAAAUAGCGAUAAAACUAUUCGAUUCGAUAGCUUUCUUGCUGAAGCUACAAGAUACGAAUCGCUCGAUGCGAAACUUUUAAGAGAUUAUGGAUUUAAUUUUUUUGCUGCCGGCAGAGAUACCAUUGCCUCAGUUCUUACGUGGUUCUUUUGGCUUGUUGCUUCGCAUCCGGCAGUAGAAGCUAAGAUUCUGGAAGAAAUAGAAAAAAUUUUGGCGCUGUUGACAGGGGAAAUUACAAAAUUUUAA